GUGACGAAAACCAUUUCACCGUCUCGCACACUUGCACUUCUCUUUGAAGAACAGUAAAAGCUUCGCCGCCUACACACUCAUCGCCUGCGGCGUCGCCAUUCGCCCGUACUCCAUUCCCCUUCCUGCUUUCCCGCGACCCUGACACCCGAACCUGGGCGUCGCCGUCAUGAACGCGGCGACAACGAACGUGGGGUUGCUGAAAGAGCUGCAUGCAGACCUUGGCCGAAAAUACAAGAAACACGAGGAAGCAAUCCAGACCCUCUGGCGAUCGUUUGACGCGACCCAGCGUGCAGCAUGCUUGCGGGCUGGCGCCGCCGAGGGCGUCGUGCUGAGACACCCGACGGAUACCUCGCUGGGCAAUGUCCACAAGUUCAUCCCGGAGUGCAAUCUGCGCGACAUCGCAGAUUCAGGACCCGACUUCCUCCUCGACCUCAUCAAGCACCGCGCGACCACGUCUCUGUUCCGACAGUACUGCGAAGGCAACCACGGCGGCCUGGGCGAUCACGCAUUCAUCACUGAGAUGGAGCAGACAAGAGGGCUCCGCCACGUACGCAGAUUCGACAGAUGCUUCACCCUGUUUUUGGACGAGAAUCAAUAUGGCGAGUCUUUCGAAAUACGGCGUGGUGCUAUGAGCGAGCUCCCGGCUGCUCUUGCGCCUGCCAUCGGCGCCGGCCUUUGUGUCCCCCAGUCAAGGGGAGAGCUCAUCCUGCAGAGGCAACUCUAUCUGACGCAGUGCCUCGUCAUUCUCAUUGACGACAUCCUAGACCAGGGAUCCCAAACUAGAGCGAACAAGGACAUGCCCCAAAAGUCCGACAAGGCGGCAUCAGCGGCCUUAGCAAAGCUGACUAUCCAAGAUCGGCUGCCGGAGGAGGUUUCCCUAUCGGACCUAAUCGCCAGCGCCCUGGAGCAAAAGGACACACUUGACGAGUACUUUGGUCUACUCUGUGCCGAGCCUGUUCUACUUGCCCACGCCGUCAACAUUUGGUUCUUUACCCGGCCCGAGCUGAUCGCAGACGAGCAAGGGUGCCGGUUACCUGCCCACAGCGACCGAUACAUCAGCGGCGCUAUUCUCGAAGCGAUCCACAGUGCGGUACAGGGAGCCGCCAUCUGGGACUACAUUUAUCGACUUCUCGACCUUCUAAACACCAAAGCCGCUGACGAUGACAUCUACCGUGCCAUUACCUUGCAAGAGGUAACCAACGUCUGCCACCUCGAGUUCGCCCGUGCUCAGGCCCUCUUCAAGCGCCAUGUUCAGACGGGCACGGGCUCCCAGUUCUUCAAACGGCAGCCUGGCGUGCACGACAGGGCUGGUAACGCCCACGUCUUCAUGAAGUGCAACGUGAAGAAACUCGCGAAGGCUGAUGCGCAGCUUUACUACAUGAUGCGCCUUUGCCAAACCGAAACGACCCCGCAGGAUGCCGCGGGUUGGCUUAAGAAACUGACCGAGUUUAACGACUCGCACCCCUCGGCUCGCGAUCGGAUUGAGGCAAGGGAGGCCGAUGCGCUGAGCGACCUUGCUGUCGUCAUCAGCUUCAUCCAGGACCUUUCUCCCGCCAUUUCGAUACCGUCUGUCUCGCGCACGAAGGGGCAAAUGUUUGUCUCGCGAUCACAGGACCUCGAGGCCGAGGUAGUCCAACUCAAGGACCAAGUCGACCUUCUCGAUUUCGCUCUCCCCAUCGGCAACCUACUGGAGCCGGGCAUGUCCGAAGGAGCGCUAAAGAAGCUCGACCAGUUCGUCAUCGACAAGGUCGGUACCAAGAUGGGGUUCCUAUACGAGGACUUGGUACGCGAAUGCUUCGCCGUCCUCGAGGAUCAGUACCAGAUGGAAAAGACCAAGAGAGUGGAACAGGCGAAGGCGCAAGCCGUUCAGCAUCAACAAAUGAUGGACUGGACGCCCAUCCCCGUGCCAGCCCUGCAGCCACAAGAGGAGCGCGUCGAGCAGCGGAGACAGAAGGAAAAGACGCGCCCUGCACACUCGUCCAUCUACGAAAUCGUCCCGACUGAGGCCCCCCCUGCUGCUGAGGCGUCUUCAGAGGAAUCCGCGCAGCCACUCCGCACCUUCGAGGUGAGCGCAUCAGCAGCCGAUGUAUUCCUAACGCUGUUCGACAAGACCCAAUCGCGCGGAGCUGUCAGCUGGGCGGACUUUAUGGCGGCCAUGGCUAACUUGGGGUUCUCUGUCCUACCCAAGUUUGGGUCCGUCUACACGUUUGUCCCGCCCAAGAGCUUGGGACUGAGACAGUCGUUUACGGUGCACCGGCCCCACAAGUCGCAGUUCGAGGAAUACCGGCUGCUCAUCCUUUCGCGGCGGUUGAAGAGGAAGUACGGAUGGGGGGAGAAGAGUUUUGUGGUGGCUUGAGCGGUGAUUUUUGUUGGCCAGGGAUGGUUUUGACUUGGAGCUUCCAGUUUGGUGCCGAACUCUGGACGGACCACACUUCCAUUCACUCGCUCAGCUCUCCUAGCGCAUAAUGUCUUUUUAUCUACGGGUACCAUAUGGUCAUUUAUUGUAGGCCUUGAAAUUUGUGAAUGACGAGUCGCCUGAUAUUGUUUACAAAACGGGGUAACCAGUGAUGUGCUUACGGAAAUGAAUAGAAGCCCUCAACAAAUAAUACGGUUGGGGUGUCAAAAAUGUCGGAGUCGGAAGAAAUGGGGGGGGAAUUCAGUGAGUAAAUGAUGUACAAAGAAGUAUGAGAAUAAAUAUAGGCUUGAGGUUGUCUUUUCUACUGGGGAUGA